AUGGCAACUGGAGGACUUUCGAUGCCUGCUGUGCUUGAAACCUCUGUCUCCAAGAUCAUCCCUAAAGCUUAUACAGAGGUAGGAAGACGUUCAGAAGGACUUUCUUCAGUUUCUGCAGGCCAGCAACCAAUGGUAUGGAAGGAUAAGAUAGAUAGGGUGAAGAUGUUGUCAUAUGGAAUUUUCAUUAUCAGAUUCAAUUCUUUGGAAGAUAGGGAUCAGAUUCUGGAGGGGGGCUACAUAUUCUUUAACCGAAGGCCUGUCAUCAUGAAGGCAUGGGAUCCAAAUGUGAAUUUUAAGAAAGAAUAUGUAAAAAAGGUUCCAAUAUGGGUUCAACUUGAAGACUUGGAUCUGAAAUAUUGGGGACAAAGAUCUUUGUUCAAAAUAGUCGGUCAAGUAGGGGAGCCGAUUAUGGUGGAUAAUGUUACAAAAGAGAGGGAAAGGUUGAACUAUCCUAGAGUUCUUAUCGAAGUUAGAAUAGAUCAACAAUUUUCCGAUAUGUUAGAAUUUGAGAAUGAGCAUGGAAACAACACACAUGUGGGAAUCAAGUAUGAAUGGAAACCGAUUGCUUGUAAUAACUGCUACGGCCUGGGACAUUUGACUGAUGAUUGUAAGAAGAAUGCUAAAGUGGAGAAAAAGUGGGUAGUAAAGGAAGAUCAUAGGCCAAAAAAGGUAGUGGAUGAGGAUGGCUUUGUUAAAGUUACAAGAGGUACUAAGGGGAAAGAGCAGUCUAGCACAACAGAGGCUCUAAGGGUGGAAAACACUUUCCAAGCCUUAGACUCUGAUCUGGAACAGCAAGUAUUGGCAGGAAAAGAGGCUGAAGAUGCUGAGAAUGAGGGCAAUACUGGAGGGGGGGAGAUCCCUCUCUCUCCAAUGGAUAAACUCUUAUGUUGGAAUGUCCGAGGAGCCAACAAUCAACAAAAACAAAGACUAAUUAAGCAAUUUAUUAGUCACCAAAAGGUGCACAAGCCAAUUUAUGCACCUAAAAUAUCAAUAAUGGAUGGUAUGUUUGAUAGCCUUGUUACUGUGGUAUAUGCCUCAAAUAGCAGGUUAGAAAGGAAAAGGCUUUGGAGGGAUAUUUGUGAACUGAAUACAAGUGAAAGAUGGUGUCUUACGGGAGAUUUCAAUGAGAUUUUAGCUAAGGAAGAAAGAAUAGGGCUUCAGGUUUCGAGUUGGCCUAAUGGGGAUUUCUUGCAAUGUGUUACUUACUGUAACUUGGAAGACAUAAAGAGCAACGACAAUUUUUUCACAUGGACAAACAAACAACAUGGAGAAGAUCAGAUUUUUUCCAAGAUUGAUAGAGUGUUAGCUAAUCAAGGUUGGUUGAAUAAGUAUGAGAAUGCUGAAGUUGUCUUUCUUAAUGAGGGAUUGUUCGACCACUCACCGGCUAUAGUCUCCUUAUAUUCGACUGUUGCUAGUGGCCUAAAGUCUUUUAAAUACUUUCGAAUUUGGAAGUCUCAUUCUAAGUUUGAAAGUAGUUUGUUGGACAUUUGGUCAAGGCAAGUAAAUGGGUCAAAAAUGUUUCAGGUGGUGGUGAAAUUGAAAAGUUUGAAAACCGUUCUGAAAGACAUCAAUAGGGACGGUUUUUCUGAUCUGUUGGGGGUUGUCCAUGAAGCCAAAGUCAGAUUGGAUGAGGCACGAAAAGGAGGCUCGGGAGACAUAUGUUAA